UUUAAGGUGUCCCGGAGCCAUGUCUGCCCGCAGCACUGCCCGCCGCAUUCCCCGGAUCGAUGGUGGCUGCAGCGCCUCGCCUCGUGUGCCUCGGGCGGUCGGGCUGGCGCUGGGUGCGCUGGGGUUGGUUUGGGAGUGAUCAGCAGAGAAGGUGAUCCCGUUGCUGUGGGUGGGAGCGGCCGCAGUCGGCGGGACAGAGCCAUGUCUGUUCGGGAGUCCUUCAACCCCGAAAGUUACGAGCUGGACAAGAGCUUCCGUCUGACCCGAUUCACUGAACUCAAGGGCACGGGCUGCAAAGUGCCCCAGGAUGUCUUACAGAAACUGCUUGAAUCUCUACAAGAAAACCAUUUUCAGGAAGAUGAACAGUUCUUGGGGGCAGUUAUGCCCAGGUUGGGAAUUGGGAUGGACACUUGUGUUAUUCCAUUAAGACAUGGAGGUUUGUCAUUAGUCCAGACCACAGAUUAUAUUUAUCCUAUUGUGGAUGACCCUUAUAUGAUGGGACGAAUAGCGUGUGCCAAUGUCCUAAGUGACCUUUAUGCCAUGGGGGUCACAGAAUGUGACAACAUGUUGAUGCUCCUUGGAAUCAGCAAUAAAAUGACAGAUAGGGAAAGAGACAAAGUGAUGCCUCUAAUUAUCCAGGGUUUCAAAGAUGCAGCAGAAGAGGCAGGAACAUCUGUUACUGGUGGCCAAACAGUGUUAAAUCCCUGGAUUGUUUUAGGAGGAGUGGCCACGACAGUCUGUCAGCCUAAUGAAUUUAUAAUGCCAGACAAUGCAGUGCCAGGAGAUGUGCUUGUAUUAACUAAACCCUUGGGAACACAAGUGGCUGUGGCUGUCCACCAGUGGCUAGAUAUUCCUGAAAAGUGGAAUAAAAUCAAACUGGUGGUAACGCAGGAAGAUGUAGAACUGGCAUAUCAGGAGGCAAUGAUGAACAUGGCACGGCUGAACAGGACAGCUGCUGGCCUCAUGCACACGUUCAAUGCACAUGCAGCCACAGACAUCACAGGCUUUGGGAUCCUGGGCCAUGCACAGAACCUCGCCAAGCAGCAGCGGAACGAGGUGUCCUUCGUCAUCCACAACCUCCCCGUCCUGGCCAAGAUGGCUGCUGUCAGUAAGGCCUGUGGCAACAUGUUCGGCCUCAUGCACGGCACUUGUCCAGAGACUUCAGGAGGCCUCCUCAUCUGCCUACCCCGAGAGCAGGCAGCGCGCUUCUGCGCCGAGAUCAAGUCCCCCAAGUACGGCGAGGGCCACCAGGCGUGGAUUAUCGGCAUUGUGGAGAAGGGCAACCGCACGGCCAGGAUCAUCGACAAACCCCGGAUCAUUGAAGUGGCGCCACAGGUGGCCACUCAGAACGUGAACCCCACGCCCGGUGCCACCUCUUAAUAGAGAUGAAAUAGUUGUUUGUUUUUGAAUAGAUCUAUUCCCUUAUCAUCCUACAAUUUAAAGAACUGUAAAAAGAAAAGAAAACUUGUUGUGUCUGCACAUCUGGUGGCCUUAGGUCAGUUUAUGAGUGGAUACAAAUAAUAAAAUCCAUUGCCUUUUUUUCCUGUUACAUUAACUGAAGAUGCACCUAAUCUUGAGGCAGCUUCUGAGUUGAGAAUUAUAUUGUUAUCCAAUACUGUUGAUUCAUUUUGAAUCUUUAGACACUUAUCUCUUGCCGCAUAGGCUCUUUUUAAAGGUGCUUUCACGUAGCACAGACAUUACCAGUAGUAGUGUCGAAUAGCAGUUUGUGUCCUUUCAUUAUGUGUAUAUUUAUCAUGAAUCUAAUUUUGAUGCCUUGAGUGAUAUUCCAGAAAGGCAAUAAAUUGACAAGACACACAGUGGGUUACCCAGUAGUAAGAGGUUGCAUGAUUGCAUUCAAUCUUCGAUUAAAAAAAAAAUUAUUUUAUUUUAUUUUCUAAAUUUUUUGGUAAAGUUUAGUCUUGCCAAGAGCAUCUACGACCCUGGACAUUGCUUGGUAGUGCACUCAGUUUAAACAGCAAGUGCUGACUUUUUGCAUGGAAAGCGCUUCAGAGUCGAAGGAGUCAUUUUGAAUUUCAUUAUUUGUAGACCUGACAAUAUUUACUGUAUUAUCAAUGAUUGUUUUCUUUAUUGAUAGUAAGGACAAAUAAAUCUUUUUUUUUUUUUUUGCAACGUGAUUGGAUGUGCUAUAGUGCAACAAAGGUUUUGCAGACCAAAAGGAGGUUACUGUAUAAUAUUCAUUUACAAUUCACUAUAUAAAUAACUACACAAAUAAUUUUUAAAUAUAAUCAAACUAAAAUAAACCUCUGUUCUGUGGAUGGUAGUGUUUAAUACAUUUUAUAUUUUGUAUAGUGAUUACAGGCCUUUUUUGUUUCUUUAAAAAUCAGCAGCUGUUUAGUAUAAUUCUUAGUAUUAUUUUGUUCUUUGCUCAAUACAAUUUUCUGCACGCUUUUGUGAUCUGUGUUUAAAACCAACAUUGCCAACAAUGCAGCUUGAACUUAAGCUUGUUAUUCAAAAUAAAUAUUUAAUUUUUUUUAUUGCUCUUGUA